AAUGCUCAAAUCCCAUUGGCCUACAGGGCGCUGGAGAUGACGUCUCUUCCGUCUCGUUGUUUGACUCGCUCCUCUGCUACCGUGUCAGUGUGUUAAAAUGGCGACGUCCCUGGGAGCUAACACGUACAACAGACAGAACUGGGAAGACGCGGACUUCCCAAUCCUCUGUCAAACAUGUCUGGGGGAGAACCCUUACAUUCGCAUGACCAAGGAGAAGUAUGGCAAAGAAUGCAAGAUCUGUGCCCGACCCUUCACAGUGUUCCGAUGGUGUCCGGGAACACGCAUGCGCUUCAAGAAGACCGAGGUCUGCCAGACCUGCAGUAAGAUGAAGAACGUGUGUCAGACCUGCCUCCUGGACCUGGAGUAUGGUCUUCCCAUCCAGGUCAGAGACACUGGCCUCGCUGUCAAAGAUGAGGUGCCAAAAUCUGAUGUCAACAAGGAGUAUUACACACAGAAUAUGGAGAGAGAGAUCGCCAACACUGACGGGACGAGACCGGUGGGCCUGCUGGGCAAAGCCCCGAGCUCCAGUGACAUGCUGCUGAAACUGGCCCGGACCACACCCUACUACAAGAGGAACAGACCCCACAUCUGCUCCUUCUGGGUGAAGGGAGAGUGCAAGAGAGGCGAGGAGUGCCCAUACAGGCACGAGAAGCCCACGGACCCCGACGAUCCGCUGGCCGACCAGAACAUCAAGGACCGUUACUACGGCAUCAACGACCCGGUGGCCGACAAGCUGCUGAAGCGCGCCUCAACCAUGCCCCGCCUGGACGCCCCAGAGGACAAGAGCAUCACCACGCUGUACAUCGGCGGGCUGGGUGACGCCGUGACGGACACGGAGCUCAAGUACGGACCGCCGUCUGCCGGGCUGGCGGCCAUAUGCUUUACGUCACCUUCGAGUGUGAUGAGCCAUUACAGGCCUGUGCCCUAGUGACAUCACUAGUGGGCGUGUCCCCCUAGAUGUAUGAUGGAUGGAUGGAUCAGUCUACCAGCCUUACCAGUGGACUGUGGCAAAUG